CCUACUUUGAUCAGCUAUAAAAGUGGACUGAAACGGACUAUUUCAUUCGCCUCCUGAUCAAGAUGGAUUUAAAAAUCUCAGUUUUUCUUCUGUUGGCUCUUUGCACUGCAGGACAGUCUCUCAGGUGUUACGAGUGCUUGGCUAAGAGUUCUUGUGCAAAUCAAAAAGUAAAAACGUGUCCCAAAGGAUUUUCCAAGUGCAUGAGUUCGACAGCAGUAACACAGAUCGGUACCAUGAGCGCUAAAGUGAAGGCUAAAGAUUGUGUUGUCGACUGUGUCACUGGGUCCAUGAACCUCGGCAUCAUAAAGAGGUCCACGGUGUGCUGUAACACAGACCAGUGUAACAACCGUGAUGCUCCAGAUCCCAGCAACGUCCCCAAUGGAAAGAAAUGCUACACUUGUGAAGGGACGAACUGCUCCAAAACGCUGAGCUGUUCAGGGAAUGAAGACAACUGCUUUACAGCAACAGCUAGUCAUGGAGAGCAGCCACUGACUGUAAAAGGCUGUGUCUCUACAUCCAUUUGUAAUGCCAAAACAAUAAUUGAUGAUGUUCAGAAGAUCUCAUGUUGUUCAGGGAACCUGUGUAACGGUGUUCAGAGCGUCUCUCAGAGCGUUAACGGUGUUAAGAGCGUCUCUCAGAGUGUUAACGGUGUUAAGAGCGUCUCUCAGAGCGUUAGCGGUGUUCAGAGCGUCUCUCAGAGCUUCCUGUUCCUCGGCUGUUCUCUUCUCUCCUUCAUCCUGCUGCACUGAACCCAGACGCUCUUCAGACACAAUGCAAUGUGAAUAUAGUCUCUGCGCCAUGUAUCUUUUGUGUCCUGAUAUGCUUUUUUUUGCUGUGACGUUCUGAUGUGGCAUUUUAUUAACAACAGAGCCCACAUUAUCACCAGUUGCUAUUUAUUUUCAAAUCAACACUUGAACAAGAAACAUCACAGAUGGCUCAUGUAUGUCAGCUGCUGUCUACAAACGUCAGUUUUACGCACAUUCUUUAAUUAAUAGACAUCUUAAAGACAUCUAAUAGCCGUCGAUUAAAAGGAGACGUCCAAUAGACGUAUUGCAGAUGAGCAAGCGACCUAAAUAAUACGUCUUGCAGACGUCAAAUAGACGUCUCCUAGAUGUACGUAUGCUAUCGUAUCAGAGAUACAAACAUUUAAACUGCAUAUAAGGGAGGCUGGAUGAAAGCAUUUCACCUAGAUUAAGUCUGUCAAAAAGCUAAAAAGAAAACUGGUAUUGAUACGCAAAAAUCAAAGCUUUUAUUUAGCAAUAUACUCCAACAAGCUAAGGACUCCAAAUGCACAUAUAUAUGAUGUUUUAUAGGCUUAUACAAUAUUACCCAUAAAAAUAGUUAGACACAGUUAUUUUUGCAUGCGUGUUAUAUAUGUAUCUAUAAUAUAAUAUACUUGUCAUUCAUGUAACCUGCAUUGCAUCAAAAAACAAAUAUAUGGCGUGAUGAAACAGUAGCUUUUUUUUUAUACAAAAAUGUGUGAAUAUGCUUUGUUACUUUUUUGUACUUUUUAAAUAAAAUGUUAAAACACCAACUUAAUUUGAUUUGGUUU